ACUCUACAAUUUAGUGUAAGUGCAGGUGACGGUAUCAACACCACCAGCUCAGAACCGAUCACGUGCCAUGUGAUGGAUUGCAACACAUGACCCAGGACAGAUUACAACGGUGUCUGGUUAGAACAAUCAAGGUUUUAAAGGGUGUGCUUAUCAAUGAGACGGAAGUGACCCUGGUGAUGUAAACGGUGGACAUCACACUGUCCUCUGAUCUGAGCGGAUCCCCCACCCACAGCCCACACUUCAACCUCUUCACCACCUGCGUGGAGGAGUCAUUUGGAAACCUGACGCCCAGGUGAGCUCAGCACACACAGGCAGCAUGGACUCGCUACACCUGCCACAGCCAACGGCAGCUCAAAACAAUGGCAAAGACCACAAUGAGAGACAUGAAAAAACGAGCAACGCUUUGGUGGAGGGGGAGCCGCAGGACGCAGACCCGUGGGACCUGCCCGAGCUGAAAGACACCGGGGUCCCAUGGACAGCUCUGGACACCAAAGGGAAGGCGCUGAGAGUGUUGGUGUCGGUGCUAAAGUUGAUCCUGCUGCUGGGGUUCCUCUACUUGUUCAUCUGCUCUUUGGACAUCCUCAGCUCAGCUUUCCAGCUCGUUGGAGGUAAAGCAGCAGGCGACAUCCUUCAGGACAACACGGUUCUGGCCAACCCCCUCGCUGGUCUGGUCAUUGGUGUUCUGGUCACCCUGCUGGUCCAAAGCUCGUCCACCUCCUCCUCCAUAGUUGUCAGCAUGGUCUCCUCUGGAUUGCUAACGGUCCAGCUGGCUGUUCCGAUCAUCAUGGGGACCAACAUCGGCACGUCUGUGACCAACACACUAGUCGCCAUGACGCAGGCGGGCGACCGCAGCGUCUUCCGCAGGGCGUUUGCAGGGGCCACAGUGCACGACUUCUUCAACUGGCUCUCUGUGCUGGUGCUGCUGCCGCUUGAAGUCGCCACGGGUUAUAUGUACGUGGUCACCAAGCUCAUCAUUGACUCCUUUAAGAUUGAGAGUGGAGAGGCCCCUGCCCUGUUAAGUGUGAUCACCGAUGUCGUCACCGAGUCAAUCAUACAGUUGGAUGAGUCUGUCAUCAGUGGGAUCGCCACUGGAGAACCAGAAGCCAGGAACAAGAGCCUCAUCAAGAAAUGGUGUCAAACCUUUAUCAACACAGUAAGACCAAACCGUGUCAGCCACCUGCCAAAUGUCUCAAACAGGCGAGAAGAUUUGAAUGUCAACUGUAAAACCACUGCUGCAUUUCAGACCAUCGUGAACGUCACAGUUCCUGGUCCAGAGAACUGCACGUCUCCGGAUCUCUGCUGGUUCGAUGGCAACUACACCUUCACACAGAAGAACAUUUCCCAAACGUACAAUGUUCGCAAAUGUGUGCAUCUCUUUGUGAACGUGAAUCUGUCCGACCUGGCGGUGGGUCUGAUUCUGCUGGCUCUUGCCAUGCUGGUGCUCUGCUCCUGCCUGGUCCUGAUCGUUAAGCUGCUCAACUCCAUGCUGAAGGGACAGGUGGCUGCAGUCAUCAAGAAGAUCCUCAACACCGAUUUCCCUUUUCCAUUUGGUUGGGUCAUCGGCUACGUUGCCAUUUUAGUUGGAGCUGGAAUGACUUUCAUUGUGCAGAGCAGUUCGGUUUUCACAUCGGCCAUUACUCCGCUUGUUGGUAUCGGUGUCAUCAGCAUAGAAAGAGCAUACCCGUUGUCUCUGGGUUCAAAUAUUGGCACAACGACCACAGCCAUCCUGGCAGCCAUGGCCAGUCCAGGAGACACGUUGGGCAAUGCUCUACAGAUUGCCCUCGUGCACUUCCUGUUCAACAUCUCUGGCAUCAUUCUGUGGUAUCCGAUCCCUUUCACCCGCUUCCCCAUCCGGCUGGCGAAAGGCCUGGGCAACAUCACAGCCUCCUACCGCUGGUUCGCUGCCGUCUACAUCAUCUCCUUCUUCUUCAUUUUACCGCUCGUCAUCUUCAGCCUGUCGCUGGCUGGCUGGAAGGUUCUGCUGGGCGUCGGUGCUCCUCUGGUGAUGGUGGCGAUCGUCAUCGUGGCGAUCAACAUUCUGCAGAAACGGAAGCCGGGGUUUCUGCCUGCGGCGCUGCGGUCCUGGGACUUCCUCCCUCUGUGGGCUCACUCGCUCUCCCCCUGGGACAAAGUGGUUGGUGUGUUUACCGCCAAAUGCUGCUGCUGCUGCAAAUGCUGCCAGUUUGCUGAUGACGACAAGGAAACCGGAGAGACAGAAUCUUUGGAGAACAACAGUAAAUCUCACACGGAGGUUUAUGAUAACCCUGCAAUGAGUGCAGAGAAAGAGGUAGAAAAUGAGAUCAAUUUAGACCUACAGACUUUAAAAAUGACACAUCUCUGAGAUAUGAUAUAUAUACAUGUGACACGUGUGACUCUUUCUGUAUAAUUCAGUGAAGUGCAUCGGUCAAAGGACAAGGACCAGACACAUUUCAGCAAAACUCUGAAAAAUAUUAUGUCUUUAAUAUUUAUGUUUUUGCUCUAAUGUAAGAUGGGAAAUGGUUAUGGAGGGAAUUUCAACUCUCAAAGCAUAAGAUAAAGGAAAAUAAAAUAAUAUGCUGGAAAGGGUUUGUCUGGGUCACCUGCCGGGUGUUCACUCAAGUGACCUUGAAAAGACAGGGAUGGCGAACAUCUUUUGCGUUUCCAAACCUCGAGCCACUUGGCUUCCGCAACAAAUGGCUUUUCCAUCGUUUGUUCAUCUACGUUAAUUAAUACUAAACUUGUAUCCAAAUGGCUCCGACUUCAACAUGUUCUUUGGUGUUCAGCCAAUACACCAGCGUGCAGAGCGAAUGAACAUUCCUCAAGAUGAGCAAAUAACUCGCAAAGAUUCCUUUUGUCUAGUUAGAUAUUCUUUAUUUAUGGUUACUGACGUAAAUAUUCAAACGGAACCUGAUAUUGAUCUGAAGUGAUAUCUUCUAAUUAGCAAACCAAGAGAACGGCAACAUGUUGAGCAUUAACUCGACGCACCAGCGUGCCUCACCGAGCCAAUAGAGGAGGUCCACGUCAGGGUGGGAUGAUCAGGGGGUUUGUGUAGCAUUGGAGUUUCUAACUAUAUCUAUGUAAUAUACAUGCCAUCCUUGAUAAAUAACCAUUUAAACCAUUAUACAUGUUUGUGUAUGUAAACAGAUGGACAACUGUUAUUGAAAGAACAGAACAAUUCAAAGGUUGUAUUACAUUUUAUUUGUUAAAAUGGCAAACUCCUCAUGACACCUUGGUUUUUGUGCACAAAUAUUCAGUGGAACAGAACUUAUUUUUCUCAGCUUGUGUUGUUUGAAAGGAGUCCGCAUGUUAAAUACUUCAUGUUUCCUUUCGUCAGUUAAACAGACACAAUGUACGGCGGCCAUUACAACACACCGUCUCUCGUGUGGCCCAGAUGGGUCGUGCAAAGAAUAAACGGUAAAUUAUAGCUGAUGCAAAUUUAUUUGGCAAUACUAAGAAAAUCUUGUUUGAUGUGAGUCUUUGGGAAAGACCGCAGACAGUCCGUCAAAGGCCGGAGACGAAGGACAUCCGGUUCCUACAGUGUGAAAAAGACACAUUGAGAACCGUAACACAUCGUUUUAAGGUGUAAAAUACAUUUUGUAAUUGAGACGGAUAAUUGUAUCCAAGGAAUAUGUCAUUUGUAAUUAGAUGAAUUGUGUUUCAUGUGAAUGUUAUUAACUUUCCAUGUAAAUGUUGAGUUGUAUAUUUUGUCUAUAUAAGAACGCUUCAGAAACAAAAGAUUCAAAAUGAUAUCUGAAUAAAAAACUGACUAGAACUUUUCUCCCAGAAA